AUGGCUGAGGUUUCUUUGUCCUUCGCAUGCGGCCUUUACGACCGCGUUAACGCGCUCUAUACGGGAGAAAUAAAAGCAGCGGGAAUCGACUUGGACUUCGUCGUAGUGAAUCAUCCACGGGUUCUCUUCGAUAAUCAGUCUAAAUCUGGAGGGCCAGCAUAUGAUUCCUCGGAGCUGUCUGCUUCGGAAUAUAUAACGAGAUAUGCGGCUGGUGACCGGACAUGGGUCGCGAUCCCGGUGUUCCCGUCGCGACUCUUCAGACACGGAUUCAUUGUGGUCAACACGAACAAGAUCAAAACCCCACGUGAUCUGAAUGGAGCAAAGUUUGGCGUCCAGCUCUACACGAUGACUGCUGCUGUUUGGAUACGAGGUCUUUUGGAAGAAGAGUUGGGUGUCGACACUAAUAGUAUCGAGUGGAUUGAGGGGUCACUCUCUUCAGCCACGUCUUAUGGAAAGGCAUCUGUGCUUCCAGGGGUUUCGAUCGUCACAAACACUAGUGGCAAAUCUCUGGAUGAGCUGCUAGUAGAAGGAUCCAUCGAUGCUGUGAUUGGGGCCGAGACUCCUCCGAGUCUUGGAAAGGUGGCACAUAUCCAGCGCUUGUUUCCUGAUGUAAAGAAGGAAGAGAAGCAAUACUACUUAAAGCAUGGUAUAUUUCCCAUCAUGCAUCUAGUAGUCAUCCAAAGAGACAUCUGGGAGAAGAAUAAGCAUGUCGCCAAGAAUCUGUUCGACGCUUUGAACGAGUCGAAAAACAUCGCUCUGGACCGGAUGCGCUUCUUGAGCGCGUUGCGGUAUAUGUUACCAUGGCUCCCAACAGAGCUGGAGGAGAUUAAGGAGGUCUUUGGUGAUGAUCCUUGGCCAUAUGGCCUAGAGGAAAACCGGAAAACUCUUGAGACACUAGUGAGGUAUUUAUUCAACCAGGGCUUGAUUAAACAAAAGCCUUCAUUAACAGAACUUUUUGUCCCUGUAUAAUUAUUCAUAUCGAGUGUAACCUAUACAUUAUUAGUC